AUGUCGAAAAUGCGCUUUCACAACCCGCCUGUGAAGCAUGUCGAGAGCCCAGACUAUCCGAGUGACGAUGAUUUGUCUGAAUCACUGGUUGAGCAGGGUGUCACUGGUAUUCAUAUGGAGGUGCCCGUCACGAGUUUCCAAAUGGGUUCGACAACGAUUAAACAAGCCUACACCGACAUGGUGGUAUACAGUCUACUAGAGGAUUCGGAUGGAACCGCAAGAGCACCCCGGAAGGCAGCCGAGGUGACCAUAGAGAGUGACCUAGAUGAUAACGAAGAAGCGUCUGUCAAACAUGAGAGCAACGAGUCUGAUCCCAUGGAGAAUUGUCCCGAACCUCUCGUGCAAAGAGAGGUGCAUUAUAUCAGCUGGCAUCUGUUCGAAAACGGAUCCCACUUCCCGGCUGCCAUGGUGUCGUUGUUAUUGAUUGAGUUUCGAGCUACCAAAGACGAUCUGGAUCAUUCCUCGGGAGCCAUCCAGGACCCAAUUAAACCCCUGAUACCGUACGAGGACAUAUCUGCACUCGAUCUUCGGAUCAUUGGCGCCGGUGACGGUGACACACUACAUCGGCCGUAUGCGCAGCUGACCAUCGAGAUCUCUGACCCACCCGAUGUACAACACCUCGUGCCUACUAACGAAUCCGUUGGACUGUGCAAUUGCGGUGAAGGCGAUCUGGAAACCAUACAGGACAGAGUGGCGGAUACGCUCUUCGAGAGGUCCCCGACGGAGAUGGGAGGUACACACUUGAGGACUGGGUUUGUGAGUGUGGGGGCUGAGUAUGCGCGAACGGCUAUAGAACGAACCAGAUCGGCCGUGGUUCAGAACACCGAGACUGACAUCGUUGAGCAAGACUCUACCCCGGAAUGCGGGGUUAGCAGAACGCAGUCGGCUAUCCCACGCAUGGGUAUGUGUCUGGGAGAAAGUGAUGACUCAUGCAUGGCUGAAGACGCGCAGGGUGUAUCUGCAGACGUGUCUGAGAGAAAUGGCAGUGCACAAAUAAGAACCUCGAUCGAAGCAAACGGAACUCCGCCCACCUCGUUCUCGGAAACCGUUGCACGACAAUCGUGUGCUGAAUCGGCACACGAGGCUUCACCGAAGGUGGACCACGCUGAUAAAUCGACAAGCGCGCGAGCGAUUGAGCAAGAUGCGGGUGUUCAGAGGGGUCAGAAUAUAGCCUAUUUAGAGGCGACGCCUGACGAUCCGAAUGCGGGUUUAGGCGAAGAAAUGGCGGCCAUCAUCACUAAGGUUGAGGACGCUACUCGCGCGGGCUAUGUCAAACUGCAGGACAUGGUCGCUAGCGUCGAUGCUGAAAGUGAUGAUGCAGAGUCUUAUCAUCGGACACAACCUGGUACUAGCCCCAAAUCACCUGUCCAUCGGGUUAUAGACCCUCGUAAUGGCUCAAAUAGAUGCAGCGAUCGAGCUGCUGAUGUUUCGGAAAGGAGAGCAGUAUGUAGGCCGCCAGGGUCCGAGUUGGGUGUUGAGAAUGAGUCGAUACCGCGCACUGACGAGAAUGUAGGUAUUAAACCCACGCCAGACGACGUGCAAGCCCACAUUGAGGAUAUACAACAGAGCGAAAGCAGUAAUGUUAUUACAGACAGUGAGAGCAGUCAUUUUAGGCACCGAGAGCCGGCCCACGAUCUACGGAAUGGCAACGACAAACAGGAACGAACCCCUCACAACACAACUAGCCCAGGGGAAAUGGCAGCCAGUGUCGAUGGUCAGAUAAGCGGAGACCAGCAACAGGACGAUAGGAGCGCCCAGUGCAACUGUGCCGCGAAUGCGCACAGGAGGAAAAUCUCGUCGCAUACAAUCAAAGAGGUGGCUAAGGCCUUCUGGACCAAGCCUACGAUCAACAAGGGCAAAGUGAAACAACACGUCGCCUUCUUCCUCAAGCGACUGCAUAAUCAUUUCACCGAUUCGCGGUCCCCCAAAAACCGCAACAUAGCCCGAGAUAUGAGAAGAGCCAAUCAGAUCAGCCAUGUGUGCCAGCAGGCCCAGCCCCAUAGCUACGUAAUCACCACAACAGUAGGCAUCGCGGACAUAGGUCCAAUGGCCAUCAUAAUCGACCAGCUCACGGAGAUAUCCUUCCGCAACAAGCAUGGACGCAUUGUGAAACGUGGCAUCUCGGUGUCGUGUUUGGCAGUGAACAACUAUAGUGUUGCAAAUCUUUUUAAAUACAAAAUACCGUAUUCACAGCUCUCGUGGGCCUUAUGGCAACUGUAUCACUACAUCGAUGUGGUGCCCCAGUUUAUCCGAUGGAAUGUGUCGGAAGCACUCGCCCUGGUGGACGCGUUGGUCUACGGGUAUUUGCAUAAGUUCGACAAAUGGCUGACCGCGUUCACAACCGACUUUUUCUUACAGUACAGGCCGCUAUAUGUCAUUGCUGUGCCGCUGAUCAAUCGGAUUUACUCCCCCUUGCGGACAUGCUGGUUUGCGGUAAAGAGCUUCUUUGAUUUAGGAUUGUAUGCGUCAUUCUCACGAUUACGGACCGCAAUUUGGGCUUUCUGUUCCAUCGGCAUGGGACCAAUCUUCUACUUACUGGAUCUGGUCAAAACCUUGCUGACGCCGUUUCUCACUAUUUUUGGAAUGAUUAUGGCGCCGCUCAACAGAGCUGCGCAGUACUCGUUUGUUACGGAAACGGAACGCAUGACUAAGAUUUGGCGUGUGAUUUCAUCUCAGGCUCAAAUCGUCAUAUAUGCGGUCCCCAAUCUUCUCAAAAGGAUCUUCAAUACUAUCUUACGGAAGCAGGUUGAGGUUGGAGACAUAGACCACAUGGAUCCCCUGCUGAAGAAGUUGCUGGAGAAUGACCUGCCCCACAAACGGAGUAGCACUCCAGAUGGCCGGCACCUCCAGACGCCUGAUAACUUAGACGCGGAUAUGGGCAAACGGGUACCCACGUACCCUACGUUGGCCUCCAGUAACCCAUCAGACCAGUACUCAGACACCGGCUACAGCUCAGCGAGCUCGAGAAGUAGUAUAAGUGGUCUGGGAAGUUCUUCCUAUGGUACCAAUGGUACCAGUCUGCACAGACGGAACAUCAUGAGCAACAUUGCAAUACGCAAUGCAAACUCGCCUCGCCGCAGUCCCUUCGGCAGCCCCAAACCGAGGCAUCACAGUCGGUCGCAGAGGAAAGCGACAGUCUAUGCUGCAAAUGAAUCGAAUACAAAAUUCGCGGCAAAUGAUAUGGAGAGUGGCUCGUGACAGUACUGAUGCUAGCUGCACUCGUACUGGUGAACUAGGGGAUGGUUAUCUGUGCAUGUGUGACUUGUUUGACAGCCCGGUGUCUUCUCGUACUCCACUCGUUUUGAGACCUCAUGACAUAUUGCGUUUCUGCAGUGGAGCCACGAGUCGUAUUACUUCCUAGAAAUGCGCAUCGCAAAGCGGCUGGGAUCGGGCACCGCCACUCUACAGCUUCUUGCCGUUGGUUUGCCAAAGAUAGUCAGAAUACUGGAUCAAAUGGAUGUAGAAUAUAUUGACCUCCUAUUCAUAAGUAUGCUUGCGUCAAGGCCCAGCAGCCCGUACCUUGAGUGCCCGCUGCAGGUCGGAACCACAGUACAAUUUGUACUAACAGGUGCAGGUGCAUCUACAAUACAAUACCUGAUGUGACUGCUGGAUGCCCAAUAUUCACUAUGCUGUUGUACGGUUAGAGUGAGUGGACCAGAUAUAGUAAGCUGGUCUUGCAAGUGGUGGCUAUAUCCGAGCUAGGUUGGGACUAAAACCCAGUCUGGUAUCAAAUGAUUCGCUUAUGUUUAUCAACCAUGUGGGGCUGAGAAACCACAGCCACGUAGUAUUCUGGUGCGAUACGGUAUGUCCAAGAAGAUACUCGUAUACACUCACAAUCAGCACGGCCAAGAAUGCUUCCGACUAUGUCCAAAUAUGGUCCAUCGAUAUCAAUGAUGUGCAAGGGGGGGGGUUUUUUUUUUCAAAGAACCCGCCGCUAGCAACUCGCGUUCAUGAGCAUACGUGCCAUGUAGUUAUACAGAACGCGUACUGGAUACCAUACGCAAUGGAGUGGAUUUCCCGGUGGAGUAAGUCUGUGACUUCGCGCCGGGAACGAGUUUUGGUAUUACCGGAGCGUAGGUUCCACACUGUCUGGGUUCAGUUUAUGUAACCGAAUACCCUUCAAAUCAAUCUUAGAUAUUCCACAUGUAUAUGCAUCCUCUCUAAGCUCUUCAAUUGUGAGGUUUUUCUCCGGAUUUUUCACCUUGCCCCAAGGAAGUUGACUUAUGGACAAUGCCCUGCCAUUGCUAUUUGUUUGGGAACCUAUGGAACGGGAAUAGAGUUUUGUACGCACUCAUCUUCGCAAGGAGUAUCUUGGUGAGCGUUGAUAAACGUGCUAAUAAAGUAAAUUACAGUCCGAUAUUAGUCACUUCCUACUAUGACAUCGAAUUAAACUUG